AUGGCAUCUGAGACCGGAUCUGCGAUUCGAAAUAACUUCGAUAAUUUCUCGAAACAGCAGAGUCUUACGCAGAAUGUUCAAAACAAAGACAGUGAACUAGGCCCGCCAUUCCGGCGAGCGGGCUCCCUCAGACUCUCGAAAUCAUCCAACUCGGACAUCGUCGAUCGUAAUCGAUUGUACGUGUCGUCGUACGAUGGCAAAUCGUCGGCGUCCAUGUCGUCGUGGACACCGGAGAGGAGCGAUGCUACACCAGUUCGGCCCGCCAGGCACUCCGCACCUGCAAUCGACGCACCUGCGCCGGAAUACCUCGCCAGAAACCUUCUGCAGCUUGGCUGUCCAGCCGUGUCAAUGCCCACACCUCGUGGAGGAGUAGGAUCUGAACCACCGCAGAGUAGCGACAGCGAUGAAUACUCGGCGACGCAUAGUCAACAACAGCAACAACAAAGUCAUGGACACGGAUACGGCCAAGUACAAGGGGAUGUCCACAACGUGCCCAAAGUCCAGGUGUCGGGACCACCGAACAAUGAUGAAUCCUCUUCCGUCGUCGUUGGGUCUGCGGGGUCCAUAGGAGCAAGAUCGGCGCCCAGCACGCCUCUCCAAGUAGCCCCUAGUACACAACAAGCGAGCCAGCAGUCGAUUAGCGGUUCUCAGCUCACAGUGGCCGCUGCCAAUAACCCUCAGCCUCCAAGGAGCCCGAGCCAUACGGCUUUGAGAUGUAACGACAGUCAUCUUUCGAAACCGCUCAGCGGAAGUGCACCAUCAAUGGCAGCUGGUGGUGCGACGCAGGCCCCAGGAAAGGUUUGCAGAUCUUCGUCGACGUCGUCGCCGGGGAGUAUCAGCAGCGCGAGACUAAAGAAAUUCCACAGGCAUUUCUCUCAGGUCGCUGCGGAUGAACGCGUAUUGGACUAUUACAGUUGCGCGCUGGUAAGCGACAUCCUGCUGCAGGGUCACCUGUACAUCACGCCGAAUUAUUUCGCGUUCUACAGUAACGUGUUCGGAUACGUAACGAAGCUGCUGAUACCUACCGCCUCGGUGUUGAAGAUCAGCAAAGAGAGGACCGCGCGAAUCAUUCCAAAUGCGGUGGCAGUCGCCACCGAGGAGGAGAGACAUGUCUUCGGCUCCCUUCUGUCCAGAGAAUCGACUUUCAACCUGAUGAAACAGGUUUGGGUCGCCGCGUUGGAGCCGCAACCGUUGCCAGAGAUUUUGCCGCUCUGCGACGAGCAAAAGUUGCUCGUGUCGGAAACGUUGGUGGUCGACGACUCCGAGGUGAACCCCGAGGAGAACGAUUCCAGCAUGUCCGAAAGCGGGACGGAUCUGAAUUCCAGACCGCCGACAGUAUGCACCGACACCGAUAGCGUUGUUCCGUUGCCCAUCGCCAGGCCGAGUUUGCCACCACCACCACCCAUAAAAGUGGAACGUCCAGCCACGCCCAGCAAAUCCAAAGUUAUUUUAUCCUUAUUCACGGGUGGACUGAAAACUAGCACAGUGAUCACCAUAUUGAUAGCUCUUCUAGUAGCUCUCUACGUGUCGGCGGCCCUGAUGAUGAUUCGCAUCGACAGGUUACACACAGCGUAUCUGAACCAUCCGUUCGUUUCACCGGAACGUUUCACUCAGGAUCGGCUGUUGCAUUACCUUAACACAAACCUUGAUCAAAUUGUAAAGGUGCGACAGAGCCUGCAGACGUUGUCACAACAGUUCGUGUCGAUGAGCCAGAGCGGUGAAACACAGUCGAGCGUAUCCGACGGUGUGAUGGAGCCGGAAGACGCUCCGAGUUAGCCCCCGGCGAGGCUAAAUAAUUUAAUGCAACCAAAUAAUACGAGUCCCCGUCGCCUCGCUAGCGUAUGAAGCGUCUCGUAUUAAUACGUCGUUGUCUUCGUGUUCAUGGUUGUCGAUUAUUAUCAUCCAUGUACGCGCGAAAAUGUCGAUUGUUCGCGGCUGAUUGACGGUGUCGCUUCGACGGUCCUUAAUAGGCAAUUAUUAUCGUUAGAGUAUCUAGACUUUCUCCCGAGAAAGUUCCAAGAGAGUAAUAGGCAGUUCAUUAAUUACAAACAAAAAAAAAAGACAAAACAGAAAAUUACAUAAAAAAGUAACGAACACAGAAUAUAAAGAAAAAAUUCUCUAACAGGAGGAUCGUAAGGGAUCCUCUAACGUCUAAAUUGAAGGCAUGCGUAAUUCGAUUCUCGAUUUUCAGUCACGCUUGCAGAGAUUAAUUAUAUAUUUAACAUGCUUCGAAGCAGCGAUAAACGAGAGAAAAACGCCGU